AUGUUAAAUCAACAAGAUUAAUUUGAGUUGGAUUUCAAUCUAUCAUAUUCGUUGGAUUAGAACUAGGAUUUUUACAAAUUGCCGAAUUAAAUUUCGUGUAAUUUUCAAGGUUAAAGAACAAACUUAAAUGUAAUGUAUAACUAAACUUUAGAUUGAUUCAAAAGUAAAAUAAUUGCCUCAAGAUGUUCAAGACUCCACAUAAUAAAGUGCCAUAGCGUUGUCGCAGUACUUAAAGAUUUGGGAUGUCGAUCAUCAACAAAUUGAUUACUUCUAUCCAUUUUAACUUCCUCCGUCCUCGUUUAUGGGGAACUGCCAAAUAUUUCCUCAUAGGCCCGACUUAUUAUAGGUUGAUCAAGAAAUUAUGAUUAGAACGAAUACCAUUAAGUGUAGGAUCUGAGCAAUACAUAAAUCUCCCAGAUUUUCCAGUCGGGUACAUUUGAAAUACAAUCGAUGCAAUUUCAAAUCCCGUAUGUUUGGCAAAUAUCCUCAUUCAUAGUCAAAGGUAAUUGAAUCUUUUGAAUAAAGGACGACAAAACAUUACCAAAAGUUAUUUUUCAGAUAUUGGGAUGGCAUACCACAUUUACAAAUUUGAGAAAAACUCAAUCUACAAUGAGAGAGAUAGCAUGGGUAGAGAAUGUACUAUUCGUUGUUCGAUUUACAAUAUCUUCUCUGUAAGAUAUGCAUUUAAAAUAGAAAUUAACAUUAUAUCUAAGUUUACUAAUUGGAUUUCGAGAAACCUAUAUAGAUAUUGACAUCCAUUAAUUAAAAAAUUAAAUCGAAGCUAAAAGGUAGAUUGAAUUGAAAUAAUCGGAUUACUACAAGAGAUAACUAUAUGAAUAUUUGUAAUUUGAGAACAAUGAAUAGUCCAGAACUGCUGCAGAAAGUUAGUUGACCAAAUUAACGCUCAUUUAAUCUGAAUUCAGAGAUCAUCAACAAGGAUUGAAAUUAUCAAUUCAAAAUUAAUUCGACUAUUUAGUUGAGUAAUUUGGGCACAAUCAAAAAUUCGAUGACCAUGAAGAACAGAAAGAAUACUUAGAUAAUAUCAACGAAUAAAUUAAGCUAUUAGAAAGAGAUUAUCUAAAGGAAUACGGAAUUUAAGUAGAUAUAUAAUAGGAUGUUAACGAAUAAAUAAAUAAUGCAACCAGUAUAGCUCAAGUCAAGUUUUGGCAAAGUAAGUUGGGUGAUGAAUUGCCUUUAGUUAGUAACAUUAAUGAAUUGAAUGAAUGUGGUCGAGCCUUAAGAUACUACCAACAAUUAUUAGACGUAAGCUCAGUUAUUUAUUCUUAGAAUGAAUUGCAGCAAUAAAUGGAGGAAUUUGAAAAGAGAUUAAUUCAAGACCACCCUAUACGUGUAAAGUCCUAUCAUUUUGUUGCUGAAUAAAGGGCUCAAUAUAGAAAGCAGAUGAAGACAUAACUUAAAGAGAAAUAUAGAAUCCUAUUGGUAGAGGAUUUAAAAAAAUAAAACAUUAAAGAGGUAGAACUAUAUUUGAACUACCUUCAAUAAAAGGCUCAAUUAAAAUAGGAAUUGCAAUUAUUGAUUGAAAAGACUGAAAAGGAAUCCUAAAGAAUUAACAUUACAAUCUAAGUGUAAUAAUAUCAAAAUACUUUAAUUAGAACUCGUAGAUGUUUCCCUCCUUAUAAUAUUAUCAAAACUGGAGAUUACUACAGUUUAGAACGAACGAGGAGUUAUUCAGUAGAUUCAAGUUUUCCCUUUUGGAAGUUUUAUCUGAUGAUAGUGAGAUACUUUGCUUGGACAGCCAAUGUGACCUUUUGGUUAUUCGCAAAUGGCAUCUCGGGACCUUUGGGAAUUAGAGCGUUAGUUUAAUGCAAGUAUAAUAUUUAAUCAUUCAGUGUUUUCUAUCCAGAUGUGUAAAUUAAUGAGAGAACUGGGGUAGUGAGCAGAUCAAACUAUUCGGUCACUCCAGUAGUGGUUCAGAUGGGUAAUGUGUGUAAAGGCAUGAGUCGAUCAAGAAGAGAAUUUGAAGCAUCUCCUGACACAGGGUUCUUUGGUAAGAACUGUGCUCGUUUUUGUAAUUACAUUGAAGUUUACUUUUUCCGUUUUUUGAUUGUUGGAAUCCUUGGAGUUUUAAUAUUUAUCCCUGCAUUGAUUAUUGCUAAUUUUGUCAUCUCUUUAGUCUUAGCCUUAACAGCUUGGGCUUGGAUACCAAUUGUAUUAAUAAUCAGGUUCGUAUUAUAUGAUUAAUAAAAUUAGUUAUCUAUUUUAACUGUUGAUUUUUGAUUAUGAUUGUUCAGAAAGACAUCAUUGGAAUAUCUUAUCAACACCAAUUUGGCUCCCUUUAUUUUUUAAUACUUUUGAUUUCAUAGUAAAAGGUGUCGUAAAUUUUAUAUGGAAUUUGCUAAUUUGUUUUAUCAUUCUACCUAUAAGCAGCAUAUUUAUGGUUAUAUUUGGACACUUAAGAUAUAUAUUUAGAUCCAUAUAUGACGUUUUAAUGAUAUUGGUAUCAAAAUAUAAUAACAGAUUAGUUUGUUAAAUGUUUAGGUAGAGUUCCUGCCACGGAAAAUUGGUUGGCCUGGAAGGUAUCUGGUCCUGGAAUAUCUAGAUAAUAUUACUUUACAGUAGAGAUUUAAUUAAAUUAUGUUAGAUAAAAAAUGAAGAAGCGUUGAUAUUGGUUGCAGGAGAAUUAGAAAAGUGCAUAUUGAAAGAAUAUCAGAGGAGGGUUGAAGAAGAAAUUAAUGGUCCUUAAAAGUAAGUAUAAUCAGUCAUGAAUAACUUUUUCUCUGUUUUUGGGGUAAUUGAAAUUCUAUUUAAAAUCUAGGCUUCUUAUAGUUUUCAUGAUAGAGGGUGCGAUAAAUUGAUACAAAGUUUAAAUUAAUAGAUCAGUUAGAGAAUUUCAAUUUUACCAAACAUUUCUAAUAAUAUUAGAUUUAAUGAAUCUGAAUUAGCCAUCAUUAGAAUGCUUAUUAAGCAACUUAUUAAAAAUUAGAUAGCAUUGAAGGACAUGAAGAAUUAUAUUUGGAAACACUAUUAAGUUUAAAAGGGAGAUUACAAUGAGUUGACAUCAGAAUUAUUGAAAAAAUGCUUUGGUCAUUAGGUUUUAUCACCUUUAGAAGAUAUAGAUUUAAGAUUUUCAUUAGUAUUCAAUAUAUAUAAUAAAACAGUAAACAGAUGAGAAUUACAGCAUAUCAAAAAAGAUAUCCAAGGCUUUGGAAGGACAAGUAAAUUUGAAUUAACCAACAAACUUCGUUGUAAAAUCAAGUAGUGUUUCAAAGAAAUCAAUAAUUGUAAAACAGUUUUUAGAGUUUUCUGGAGUAAAUAUAAAUAUAUAUACCUAGACUAUCCAAGAAGUAUGGGGAUGUUAAUCUACAUAUCAAAAUUGGUCAACAUUGUCAGACAAGUCUAAAAGAUUUUUCAUCAACUAUUGUUUAAGGGUUAAUUAGGAUGCAUGA